AUGGAAGGAAUCGGGGAGAGAGAUCUUACGCCUGAGCGGAUAGCUUAUUUGGCACAGACUCGGAUUCCUGAGAUCAUUGCAUGUAAUGUGAUCCUGCUCGUUUUUGCGACUUUGGGUCUGCUGGUUCGAAUUUUCGUCCGGAUCCGACACCUCACGGGCAUUAAUUUCGACGAUGUGCUCUGUAUCACCAGUUGGGUCUUUACGUUCGUUCUCUGCUUUACCUGCAUGUACAUGACCAAGUAUGGGUUCGGUAGGCAUAUUGGUAUAAUCGAUAUGCCCGACCGGGGCAUGUUCUUGAGGCUCAACUUUGUGACCAUGCUCGCCUACGUUCUCGCUCUCGGCUUUAUCAAAAUCUCCUUUUGCGUUCUCUACCUUUCGAUCUUCCCGGGGAAGUGGUUUCGGAUUGGCUGCUGGUGUGUGCUGGUCAUCAUUGCUGCGGAAACAAUCGCCGAAACCCUUGUUGUUAUCUUUCAAUGCACGCCGGUUCACAAAGCGUGGGACGCGACUGGCUAUGUCGAAGGACAUUGUGUGAACAUGACCGCCUUUUACUACGCCAACUUUGGGAUAAAACUGGCUAGUGAUCUGGCUCUAUUUUUGAUGCCAAUGCCUAAGCUGGUUCGGUUGAAGAUGACGGUGGGCAAGCGAGCGGGCUUGGUGAUCAUGUUCAGUCUGGGUCUUCUGGUGUGCGUGACCAGUAUUAUUCGCGUCUCGUAUAUGAAUCCAUUUUCCAAUGACCAUACCUGGUCAUUAGUGAACGCUAUGAAUUGGUCGUGUGUGGAGGUCGCCGUCGCUCUCUUCAUUGCGUGCAUUCCUUCUUUCAAGUCACUUCUCAGUACCUGCUUCCCAGGAUUGCACCGUCUCCUCGGUUUCUCCAGCAGUGGAGACUCAAACGGCCCCUCGAAAGUAUACGGCACUUCAACCCGCCGGACGUACAAUGGACUGUCUAAUGCACACAAUAGCAUCAAGCUAAAACCCGUGACAGGACACAGCCAGGCGGAAGUGGAAACGACUACUAAUGACUCGCAGGAGCGCAUCAUGUAUCCAGGCAUUCAGGUUGUCACGCACGUGAGUGUCAAUGAGAGUGUGUAG